AUGGGCAGACCCAAGAAGCGAAAGACGCAGCACGAGAAUGAAGCUCAAGAUAGCAACGCUGCCACCUUUUCAAGCCGCGUGUCAACGGCCACACUUGAAAAAAGUGUCUCGAGCGAGACGACGAGUGACCUGGAGCCGAUCGCUUUUGAUCCAUGUCUACAGCCUCCCAGUGACUUGAUGGCCGAUGUGGUAUCUUGGGGAUGCGAGACAAACGUUGACCCAAAAUUGCUGGCGGUUGAGACAGAUCCUGGACAACAGACAUGCGCUUGCCUAGCAAACCUCUAUUUAUCCUUGGAAGAAGUUCGAAAAGCAGACAAUUUGGCUUUUGCAGCGCGACUUUCACUUCUGCGGGAUCUCACAGCCAACGCAUCCAGCAUCAUACAAUGCCAAGUGUGUCCGACAAAGUUCCUCUGGGCGAUGCAGAAUGCCCAACUCCUCAACACUUUGAUAAUUUCAAUCGCCGAGGGAUACAAAAAGAUUGUGAAAUCGGUCGAGGAUGAGACGCUCCGUGCUCAGGAGGGGAACGAGUCCAAGCUUUUGUUCAUCGGCGACGGUGAAAAGUAUGAGCAGACUACUCAAAACGGCAACGCUUCUUAUGGUCAAUCUGGAUUUCCCCUGAGUCUGGAUCCCCUAGUUUGGGAGAAUAUCGCAAAAAAGGCCAUCAAGGCUGAACUAUUUGGAUCGUCAACAGGGCUGGCACUCGGGCAGUCUCCCAGUCACGUCUGGAAUCGGGUGUCGAUUGCCUCACCAGGUAAAGGACAAGGAGCCGCAUUGUGUUUCGUUGGUGAAGCAUACAAGGGAUACCCAUUGUUCAAUGCUGGCCUUCGCGACGAUGAGGCUAAAUCUGUUCCGGACAUGUACGAGUUUGACUCUAUCCCCACUCCUUGA